CCAGCCGGACAUAACGGUCCGCGCGCGACUCUCCGAACCGGAAGUGCUGGCGAGGUAUUGCGGGGCGCGCCCGGCCUCGCUCAGCGCCCGGCAGUCCCGGCCGCCGCUGCUGCCCUCGGCCGCUGCCGAGGUUUCCCGCCGCCGCCAUGUCUGCCAGCGCCGUCUACGUGCUGGACCUGAAGGGCAAGGUGCUAAUCUGUCGGAACUACCGUGGGGACGUGGACAUGUCGGAGGUGGAGCACUUCAUGCCCUCGCUCAUGGAGAAGGAGGAGGAGGGCGCACUGUCGCCCAUCCUGGCCCACGGUGCUGUGCGCUUCAUGUGGAUCAAGCACAACAACCUUUACUUGGUGGCCACGUCCAAGAAGAACGCAUGUGUGUCGCUGGUUUUCUCCUUCCUCUACAAGGUGGUGCAGGUGUUCUCCGAGUACUUUAAGGAGCUGGAGGAGGAGAGCAUCCGCGACAACUUCGUCAUCAUCUACGAGCUCCUGGAUGAGCUCAUGGACUUCGGAUACCCGCAGACCACUGACAGCAAGAUCCUACAGGAGUACAUCACUCAGGAAGGCCACAAGCUGGAGACGGGGGCCCCCCGGCCCCCUGCCACUGUCACCAAUGCUGUGUCCUGGCGCUCCGAGGGCAUCAAGUACCGCAAAAACGAGGUGUUCCUUGACGUCAUCGAGUCUGUCAACCUCCUGGUCAGUGCCAAUGGCAACGUGCUCCGCAGUGAGAUCGUGGGCUCCAUCAAGAUGCGGGUGUUCCUGUCGGGCAUGCCAGAGCUGCGGCUGGGCCUCAACGACAAGGUCCUGUUCGACAACACGGGCCGCGGCAAAAGCAAGUCUGUGGAGUUGGAGGAUGUGAAGUUCCACCAGUGUGUGCGGCUCUCACGAUUUGAGAACGACCGCACCAUUUCCUUCAUCCCGCCUGAUGGCGAGUUCGAGCUCAUGUCCUACCGCCUCAACACCCACGUGAAGCCGCUGAUCUGGAUUGAAUCAGUGAUCGAGAAGCACUCGCACAGCCGCAUCGAGUACAUGAUCAAGGCCAAGAGCCAGUUCAAGCGGCGCUCGACAGCCAACAAUGUGGAGAUUCACAUCCCUGUGCCCAACGACGCCGACUCCCCCAAGUUCAAGACCACAGUGGGCAGCGUCAAGUGGGUCCCCGAGAACAGCGACAUUGUUUGGUCCAUCAAGUCUUUCCCGGGCGGCAAGGAGUACCUGAUGCGUGCUCACUUCGGGUUGCCCAGUGUGGAGGCAGAGGACAAGGAGGGGAAGCCGCCCAUCAGCGUCAAGUUUGAGAUCCCCUACUUCACCACGUCGGGCAUCCAGGUGCGCUACCUGAAGAUCAUUGAGAAGAGCGGCUACCAGGCGCUGCCCUGGGUGCGCUACAUCACCCAGAAUGGAGAUUACCAGCUCCGCACUCAGUGAGCCCUGUCUCGACUCUGCCGCCUUCACUGCGAUCCUGGACGCCACACGUGGACACUGCGGCCCUGCGUGCUCCCGGGGCCGCCUGGACCUCAUGGGCUCUGGGUCCCCUUGGGGUCCCCACUUUGCCUCUGUGCGUUUGUUGCCAUGCUGUCGCCCUCCCUCCCAGUGUCCUGCACCCAGCCCGCUGCCAGGCAGCACUUGGUGGCUCGGGAACUCCAGCCCUGUGUGGGGAGCCUGGCGCCGGCCUUUGCGGCCCACACCCCAGCCCACAACCCCGCCCUGGGCCGCACCAGUGUUCCCCAGCCGAGGGGGCGCGGCCCUCUGGGCAGCAUUCGCAUUAAACAUGUUCACGCCACGGCUGC